CCCACCCCUUUCCAAGUGGCCACUAGGACACACCCGUACGGCUAAUGCGCAAGCGCCACUUUUCCCGACUCGUGGUGGGCAGUUUCGUUACGCAUGCGCGGGCGGCGGCGGGACACCACGGAAUUUACUGCCGGAAGUUCGGCGGCCUGCGCCAAAGAGUGUGGGCUCGGCUAGCAAGCUAGAGGGGCUCGUUUCCGCCCCGCUACCGGGCGGGGGCGGCCAUCUUAGAUGCGUGCCAUUAAGGGCUUUGGCGGGAUUGGCUCAGCGUUUGGGCUGGUCCGCUGCUCCUCACCUACCAGGGUCGGAUCCGGAGCCCUUCCCCGCGGGGCGGGGACCUCCAAACAACCGACUCCUUUCCAGGUGAAGGGUGACUUGGGUACGUCGGGGCUUUGAGCGAGCCUCCCCGCACCCUCCCAUAGGACCCCAGGACAGACCCUGCGUCCUCGCUGACCCGCCCUAGGCUGAAGAAACACUUAAAUUCUGGAAAUAGCGACUCAGUAUCAUGGCCAGCAGCCUUAAUGAAGAUCCAGAAGGAAGCAGAAUCACUUAUGUGAAAGGAGACCUUUUUGCAUGCCCUAAAACAGACUCUUUAGCCCACUGUAUCAGUGAGGAUUGUCGCAUGGGCGCUGGGAUAGCUGUCCUCUUCAAGAAGAAAUUUGGAGGGGUGCAAGAACUUUUAAAUCAACAAAAGAAAUCUGGAGAAGUGGCUGUUCUGAAGAGAGAUGGGCGAUAUAUAUAUUACUUGGAUUGGAUGUGGUCUUGAUCGUCUGCAAUGGGAAAAUGUAUCUGCGAUGAUCGAGGAGGUAUUUGAGGCAACAGACAUCAAAAUUACUGUGUACACACUCUGAACCAGUGAACGUUUUGGAUGUUUCCGUGUUCUCCUGUGUCAUCUCUACUGAGCCAUAGGACUGGGCAAACCUACCUUAAAAUAGGCAGAGGAAAGUUUCAUGAGAAGUAGUGUGUUUAACAAGACAGACUUUGGUUGCUGUAUUAAAGUAUUUGGACUACGACUGUGGAGGAGGGGUUGGUUAGGAUAUGUUGCUGUGUUUUUUUGAAGAAAAGUGAGGAGUAGGUGGCUUGAUAAUAGGCAGGGAAACCAGAUUGUUGGGACUAUGACCUUCUUCUCCAGUAUGCUACCUUAAUUGUUUGGCUGGCCGCUAGGUGGCAGCAUUGAUUCUACUUCUCUGCUUUUAAGAGAAAUUUCAGGAAGGAUGAUCAGUUAGUUUGGCAUUUUUUGUCGUUUGUGCACCUAACUUGGUGUUAUCCUUAUGUCAUCAGAUUCCUCCCAGGGGAGAGUUUUUGUUUUAAUUACAAAGUUAAAUUCUACAUUGUUAAGAAAUUUGUGGUGAUAAAAAUGGAAAAAUAAAUACUUGGGGGGGUUUAGUGAG